GCCAUACAGGCCAAUUCCACUUCGGGGACUGCAGCCAGUGCCGGACCUUCCUCCUCCUCUUCUUCUUCCUCGUCAGCUGGCGGCUCGACGUCUCCCGCUAACGUACUGCACGUACAGCCCGAGAAACCGCAGCACUACACGUACGUAGCCAACACACCCUCACGUGCACUUGCAGUCAUAGGCCAUUACGCACCUGACAUGGCAAGCGACGACGGUGAGCUAUAGCUAUCUGUAGCUAAUUGGGCGGGCAUGGUGCUCGCGUUCGAACUGGUCCGUACCGGUUUGUACCAGUUCAAACCGACGCAGGGUUGAAGCGGAGGCCUACACACGAAAACCUUCACUUGUUACCUGAAGGAGUUCCGCACGGAGCAGUGCCCGCUCUUUGUGCAGCACAAGUGCACGCAGCACCGCCCCUUUGCCUGCUUUCACUGGCAUUUCCUCAACCAGCGCCGUCGCCGUCCGGUUCGGCGCAGAGACGGCACGUUCAACUACAGUCCGGACAUCUACUGCACCAAAUACGACGAGGGCACGGGAACCUGCCCCGAUGGAGACGAUUCUCUGUUUGUGCGUCAGAUGCCCUUUCUUGCACCGGACAGCUGGCGAUACUGAGCGACGGUAUCACCUCCGUUACUACAAAACAGGCUCCUGCAUCCAUGAGACUGACAGCAAGGGGCACUGCAGCAAAAACGGCCCCCACUGUGCCUUUGCCCACGGCUCCCACGACCUACGCAGUCCCGUCUACGACAUCAGCAGGGAGGUGCAGAUGAUCGAGGCGCAGGCCGGCACUGGGGGCACGGAGGGAGCCGCUGGAGAGGGGCAGUCGGGACUGGCGGCCAGCACGGCCCUCAUAGAGAAGAUCCUGGCUGAGGAACCUAGCUGGCAAGAUAACAACUACGUGCUGUCGCAUUACAAGACGGAGCUGUGCAAGAAGCCGCCUCGCCUCUGUCGCCAAGGUUACGCCUGUCCGUAUUAUCACAACAGCAAGGACCGUCGGCGCAGUCCGCACAAACAUAAGUACAGAGCGCUGCCCUGCCCUGCUGUGAAGCACAGUGAUGAGUGGGGUGACCCCAGCAAGUGUGAGAGCGCGGAGAGCUGUCAGUACUGCCACACUCGCACUGAGCAGCAGUUCCACCCAGAGAUAUAUAAGUCGACUAAGUGUAAUGACAUGCAGCAGUCUGGCGCCUGCCCUAGAGGCCCCUUCUGUGCCUUUGCGCACUUGGAGCAUCCUAGCAUUAAUGAGGAAAUCCAGCAGGUGUUCCUAAACCCCAGUUCCCCGCUGCCGUCAGGGACCAUGAUGGAUGACACAGGCCAGGGGAGCCCCGGGAGCCCCCAAGGCUGCAUUGGUAUUGGUGGCGCCCCUUUUGCCCCCUCUAGUGGUGCAUGUGUACCAGAGCAAGGCCUCCGAGGAAGGCUGCUUGGUGAGGACUCACCCGGCCUAGAUGCCCCUCUGACUCCUUGGGUGGGAGACGGGGGAUACGGACGGGCACCAGGCUUUGAGCGAGAGGACCAGGCGAAACAGAAAACUAUCUCCGUGGAGCAUCGCUGCAGAGAGACGACGCACAUUCACAGUAAGCAGGACCUGAUGGUCUUCCUCCCAGUGGGCAGUCCUCUCAGCAUGUCGUCCAGUGUGCCCUCCAGCCUGGCUGCCACGCCCCCAAGCCCUGCCCCUCCUGGCCCAUCUCCUGGCAUGAAUGCCAAUGCUCUACCCUUUUACCCCACCAGUGACACCGUGGAGUCUGUUGUUGAGUCAGCUCUGGAUGAUCUUGACCUGAACGACUUUGGCAUGUCGGCCCUGGAGAAGAGCCUUGACAGCAGUACUGCAGCCCCCAUCCAGGGAGGAAGCCAGCUACAGAGCUCUGCACCGGUCAACAUUCCUGGCUCUUUCAGUAGCUCCGCCCCAUUCCGCUCACCCUCACCCUCACCACCAAUCAGAGCACUAACAUCCCCCUUCCUUUCUGCUCACUUGCCACAACCUGGCCAAUCAGAAGGCAGCUUUCUGGGUCCAUCACACAGCUCUCUUGGGCUAAAUGGGAUGAGUUGCAGUAUCUGGGAGCACCUCCCUCCAUCACAGGGCUCCCCCGGCACACCCCCGACCCUGCAUCCUUCUGGCCUGUGUAUGGAGGCGACACGACUGAAACAGGAAGUGGAGGAUGCAAACCGGGUGCUGAAACACUGGGACCACAGCUGGAGGCAGAUGGCCCAGUCCUGGGCGAUCAUGAAGGCAGAUGCUGAGGAGUCCCGGGUUCUGGCGAGCCGGCUGGCCCUGGAGGCAGAGCAGGCGCAGCGAGGGGAAGAGGAGGCCCAGCGGCAGGCCAGUCUCUUGGAAGAGGCCCUGGAGAGUCUGCAGAAUGCAGAAAACCCCCACCUGUCCCUGCAUCAGCUGCAGUUGUUGCACCGUCUGCCCCUUGAGGCUGUGUGCAGUCUCCAGGCGCAACUGUGCACCUGCCUGCGUACUGUGGAACAGGCAGUAUUCAGGAAACAGCGGCUGUGCUGUGCAGUGUGUGGUGAGCUGGGCUCAGUCACGUUACCUUGCCAACAUGGGCUGCUGUGCGAGGGCUGUGCCAGCUCUAGCGAGUGCCCGGCCUGUGCGGAACACCAGCAGGCGCUGGGUCUGCCUUCCUGACUUUGCCCCAAACUCCACAGCUCACCAAAUUUCUGACUGUGCCCUGCGUCUUUCGUCAGAUUUAACCCAGAGGUUUCCCUUGUGGUGGACUGUUAACGGAACAAGACAUACAGCUACAUUAACAGGUGUUGCAUUGGUUACUGAGGAUGGACACCUGUCUACAUCUCUCCUCAUUACCUGGUCGUACUGGUUUUUAGUCUGGGCAAGGAAUUUGCCAAGGAGUCAAAGAACAAAAACAACAGGGGUGCCAGCACUACAUGCUUGGACUCCUAAGGACAAGACUUGUUUCUCUCAAGUUUCUCAAUGUUAUAAUAAACAAUUCUCAUAAAAUUUUAAAUGUUAAACCUGUCAGGUUUAAGCUGUAUUGCCUUUAACUGGAAAACUGAGGAAAAACACACAAUCAAACUGGGCAUAUUCAAUCAUUUAUUUAGCUUUUUAUUAUAUUUUUCCAUUACAAAACGACAUCUGUUUGCCGAUACAAACGGGCAUGGCAUUCAGUAUUUCUUUCCUCCCCUACCUUCUGGAUAUUGUAUACGUACUAAUUUUUUUUAUAUUCCAGUCAAUAUUCAGUAUCUAAAGGUGUGGAAUAUUGAUCAAUGAUCUAUGAAUCUUCCUCUACAUAACUGAACACUCAAGAAAACUAGUCGCAUGCUUGUCAUGGUGCAAGGUGACAGAUGGGACCUACUAGCCACCCACUGCUGGACCUCUGGGUCACACUGUGGGGACGGUCAUCGCCAUCUGCCCUAGAAAACUGGACAGCAGUGUCUCAUCAUGUCUUUUUGUUUUUGUAUAGAAAAAUAAAUUUUUAUAUUUUUGGAUUAA